AUGGCGGCGUCCAGGGCAAUGACGACGGUGCUGGACACGGCGACUUCUACGUGCACCCCGGAGACGGUACAGCGCAAGCACGUCUUCGACAUCCGUGGCUACAGCCAGCACAAGCUCCUCGGCCCCAACACCUACAUCAGCUCCGGCCCCUUCGCCGUCGGUGGCUACGACUGGAACAUCCGCUACUUCCCCGGAGGGUACCUGAAGCCCAAGUACGUGUCCGUCUACCUCGAACUCCUCACCGCCUCCGCCCGCGUGCGCGCGUCGUGCGACCUCAGCAUCGUCAACCAGCGCACCGGCGUAGCCUCGCUCGUGUCGCGCACGCCGCCGAUGGUGUUCAGCUCCGACCUCACCAGGUUCGCGCCGAGCACCGCCAAGUUCAAGAAGAGGAGCAAGCUGGAGGCGUCCGGGUUCGUCCAGGGCGACCGUCUGGUCAUCGAGUGCGUCGUCACCGUCUUCAUGUAUCCGACCGUCGUCCGGACCACGCCGGAAGUGGAGCCGCCAUCAGACCUGCACCGUGACCUCGCCAAGCUGUACGAGUCCAAGGCCGGGGCGGACGUCGGCUUCGUCGUUCGCGGGCAGCAGGGUUUCAGUGCUCACCUGACCGUGCUCGCGAUGAGGUCGCCGGUGUUCAUGGCGCACCUUCGUAACGGGCGGAUGGGAUUCUCAGGGUGCUUCACCAUCAACCACAUGCAGCCUGAGGUCUUUGAGGCUCUGCUCUACUACAUCUACAUGGACUCGCUGCCCGCCAUGCUUGACAUGGACGCCGACCGCAAGAGGGAAAUUACCAUGGAUUUACUUGAAGCGGCGGAUCGGUUCGCUAUUCAGAGAUUGAAGCUAAUAUGUGAAAGCGCCCUAUCUAAGACCCUCGAGGCCAAUACGGUGGUUACCACUCUGACUUUAGCAGAGAAGCAUCACUGCCAAAAACUCCGAGAGGAUUGCCUUGAAUUUAUAGCUUCUUCAGUCGACCAAAUGAAGUAG